AUGCACAAGUUUGAUUAUGGUAAACCCAUUCCGCGUAAAUGGCGAGUGAAGGGUGCGGACAGUCAUCUCUACCGAAUUGGGGUAGACCCGGGCCGGAAGGGUCAGACGUGUCCCUUCUGCGACGGCAUCGGUAUGGAGACCAUCCACGACCAGGUGGUGCCCAUACGCACGACGUGCCGGGUGUGCAAAGGCUCGGGCGUAUACAUCUACUACAAGUGUACGAAUUGCGCCGGCAUUGGUCAGGUGUUGGGCCGCCGGCGGCUACUGGUGCCGGUGCCGCCCGCCGUGCAGGACAUGCAAACGAUGCGCGUGGAUGUGGAGGGCCAGGAGCUGUUCAUCACUUUUCACGUACAGUCCAGCGCCUAUUUUCGGCGCCAGGGCUGGGAUGUGCACACAGACGCCACCAUUAGCCUGAGUCAGGCCGUGUUGGGCGGUACGGCUAAAGUGGAGGGUCUCUAUAGCGAUGAGCACCUGGUACUCAAACCGGGCACCGACUCCCAUACGGUGCUGAAACGCGAUGGUAAAGGCCUGAAACGGGUCGAUGGCUACGGCUAUGGCGAUCAUUACAUACAUAUUAAGAUUGAGAUACCGAAAAAACUGUCGGCCAAACAGCGGGCUAUAAUGCACUCGUACGCCGAGCUCGAGGACAACACACGGGGCGGCACUGUUGACGGUGUGCGCCGGCGGCCCAAAAAUAUCAUGGAAGACGAUCCGGAGGGCGACUACUCGGCCAAAGACCCCGAAACGCCUGGCGUUGUGUCCACUUUUCCGCCCCUACGGCUGGCCCGCAAUGCACUGAAACGACUGUUUAGUUUUAGGAAUUCAUAG